AUGUUGCAACUUACAUUGGCCGUAAUUAAACCGCACAUAAUCAAAAACACCGUAGCUUUGCGAGACAUCAAACAACUAAUCCUCGACUCACGUUUUAUAAUCGUCAAAUCCCUGAGGAAGGCCGUUACGGUCCAAGAAGCCGAAACUUUCUACGCUGAACACAGGUACAAGUUUUUCUACGGUCGAUUGGUUGGUUUCAUGACCAGCGGCCAAUCGGAUUUUUAUAUUUUGGCUAAAGAAAACGCUAUUAAAGACUGGCGGGAAUUGAUGGGGCCUACAAAGGUUUAUAAGGCACAAUUUGAGGCUCCGCUUACUAUUAGAGGUAAAUAUGGUUUGAGUGAUACGAGAAAUGCUACACAUGGAUCAGAUUCCCCCGAAUCAGCUAAAAGGGAAAUAGGACUAUUUUUUCCAGAAUUUGACUACGAGGCCUGGCUUAGGGAAAAUAAAACAAUAAAAUAA